ACUACCAGCCUCAAAUUAAGCAGCCAACAAGACCUGUCUAUAGCUGCCUCGCUAGCCAAGCCUGACUGCUACCUAGCAACGACCAGCUGGGACUGGGAGGGGGAGUCCAUCGAGCUCGCCCCAGGCUGACGAUCCGCUCGAUCUCGGGGACCCAAGAGUUUCGAUAGACGACGCAUGGCGAAGGUCCACCCCAACGUGCUGCUGUCGUCGUCGUCGCCGGCUGAGGGAGCCGCCGCAGCGGCGGCGGGCGGCGAGGGCGAGGAGACGUCGCUGACGGUGUGGCGCAAGUCGCUGCUGUUCAACUGCCGGGGGUACACGGUGUUCGACGCCAGGGGCGACCUGGCGUACCGCGCCGACAGCUACGACGCCGAGGCCGAGGUCGUGCUCAUGGACCCCGCCGGCCGCCCGGCCUUCACCGUGCGCCGCAGGCGCCUCAGCCUGUCCGGCGAGCAGUGGCUCAUCUACGCGGGCGAGGAGACGCGGCGGCCCGCGUACGCCGUCAAGCGCGGCGGCGGCGGCGGGAAGUCGGUGGCGCGCGUCACGCCGUGCGCCGCCGUGCCCGCCGCAGCUGGGGCCGCCGCGUUGCCCGCGUACGAGGUGGAGGGGUCCUACGCGCGCCGCCGCUGCGUGGUGUACGACGCCCACCAGCGCCGCGCCGUCGCGGAGGUGCAGCCCAAGGAGGCGGUCGGCUCGGACGUGUUCCGCCUCGUGGUGCAGCCGGGGGUCGACGUGUCGCUCGCCAUGGCCGUGGUCGUGGCGCUCGACCAGCUGUUUGGGAGGCCGUCGCUCCUCAGGAGCUGGUCCUCGCCAUAGAUUCAUGUUUUCUUUCUUGUGUUCAAAUUCAGUUUAGAUAGGUUUUUUUGCCCCUGGACUUGGGGUUGUGAAUUAUCACUGGAGAUGCUGAUGACUCGAUCUGCCUGGGCAUCGUUUAUUGGCAUGAAAGCAAUUCCUGUUCUUGCGUGCUUACUCCCAAAA